CGAAGCUACCAGGAAGAAACGCAGCUGGGGCUGCUUUAGGCCUGGGAACCGUCUCUCUCUCUCUCUGUCUCCUCUCCCCCCCAUCCCAAUUUUUUGGGCAGAACACAGCAAAAGGAAAGGAAGAGCUGCUUAUUGUUCGAGAAUCCGGAAGGAGCCCAGGGACCCAGGCAUCCGACCAUCUGAGGGGAGGCUUAAAGGAACCAGGUAUAUUGACGUUUAGUCAGGGAAACAAAAAGGACCCAGGCGUCCGAGGGUCUGAAGCGAGGGGAUCAAGAGACCCCGGCGCCUGGGAAGAAAAGGGUUAAGGGACGCAGGCAUCCGGCGCCUCAAACUGGAGAAGGCGAAGAAGCCGAGGGAACCAGAUGUCCGAUACCGCGGAGAAAGCAGAAUGAAGAAUUCUAGGUAACCUGGAAAUUUGGAGCGAAGGGCACCUGAGCUUCCGGAAAAGCAAAGCAAAACGGGUCCAGCUCUCUGAGGACGGAGCCAAGUGACCAGGGAUUUCCAGAGAAGGAGGCAAUCAAGGGAUCCAGACAUCGAAGGACUAAGGGACCCUGGUGUCCGAGCACUUUGAACAGAUGUGGCCCUGAAAUCUGGGUGGUUGAGGAAGCGUUGCAGGACCUGCCAAGCGACCCAGGCACCUUUCACCUCCUGAUCCUGGGGUGGGAUGCAAGAGCCCUAGGUUGGGGAGGGGACAGCCCCUCGGGAGGUGUCUUGUUAUUCCUGCUGAACAUUUGACAGGAUCAGAACCUUGGAGUAACCCAGCUCAUUUCCAGGCAUAGGAGAAGUCUUCCGUUUGAUUUUAUUCACAACAAGAAUUGGAUUUGUUUCUCGCCUCCAUGCCUUCUUAGCAAAGAAGGGUGGGUGGGCCAGCUGUCGUUUCCCCCCCCCUUCUCUCUCCUGCUUCCAAUCCCUUCCACGCUUCCCAUGGAACUUGCAAAAAUCCCUUGAUUCAUCUGCUUGAGGGGCUGGCCUCCCGCAGCAGCCCUGAAGGAUGUAACCAACUACCGAACCCGGGGGCAGCUCCUCCGUCUUAAGAAAGUGGUGCCGGUUGCCUCAAGGCUUGCCCCCUGGAAAUGACGCUUUGCUAACCGGACCGGGGCCCAUCUCGCCAGGAUUCAAGAUGGAAAAGACCUUUGGCAACCUUAGCGCGAUUGUGCCAGCUUCGCGCCUCACCCCGGCCUUCCCGCCGGCCGUCAAGGUUGGGCUGACGGCUCUGUACACGGGCCUCUAUGCCUUGCUUUUCCUUUUGGUCUACGCCCAGCUCUGGCUGGUCCUCUUCUAUCGCCACAAGAAGUUCAGCUACCAGACUGUCUUCCUCUUCCUCUGCCUCUUCUGGGCUGCACUGCGCACCACGCUCUUCUCCUUCUACUUCAAGAACACCCUCAAAGCCAACCACCUGAGCCCUUUCUUCUUCUGGCUCCUCUACUGCUGCCCCGUCUGCCUGCAGUUCUUCACCUUGACCCUCAUGAACUUGUAUUUUGCCCAGGUGGUUUUCAAGGCCAAAGCAAAAUACCGCCCUGAACUGACCAAAGGCCUGUUGGCAGUGCGAGGGGCGUGCCUGGGCGCCAGCCUCCUCUUCCUGGCAGUGAACGUGGUGUGCGCUGUGCUGGUGCGGGGGCGCCGCGCCGAGCCCUGGGCCGUGGUCCUGGCGCGGGUCCUCAUCAGCGACUCGCUGUUUGUGCUGGGGGCUGUCUCUCUGGCCCUUUGCCUCUGCCUCGUUGCCCGGGGUUCUCCUUCCACCCGCAUCUACCUGGAAGCCAAGGGCACCUCGCUGUGCCAAACGGCCGCCAUGGGGGGCAUCAUCGUCCUGCUCUACGCCAGCCGAGCUUGCUACAACCUGGCGGCCCUGGCUCUGUCCUCCCGCACCCGCCUCGACUCCUUCGAUUACGACUGGUACAACGUAUCUGACCAGGCAGAUCUGAUCACGGACCUGGGAGACCAAGGUUACGUCGUCUUCGGCCUCAUUCUCUUCAUCUGGGAGCUGCUGCCCACGACUCUGCUAGUCGGCUUCUUCCGGGUGCACCGGCCAGCUCAGGAUAUGAGUGCCAGCCGUGUCUUCAACCGGCAGCUGGGGGUCUCCCGAUCCUACUUCUUCGACCAUCCCGGGCAGCGCGACAGUGAAGGACUGACGAGCAGCCUGACGGGACGCCUGGGCAGCGUCGGGAGCUGGUACGGCUCGAUCAACCGCAGCGGGGAGCAGGACUGGUUUGGGGGGCCCCCUCCCACGGCCCCCCUUUUGUUCUCGCAGGCCACGGUGUCCGGCAGCCACCACCACAGCCUCUAUUCCACUCCGCAGAACUGAGGGGAGCGGGGGGGGGGAGGCGGGUUUGUGGGGCACUGAUGCAAAGACCCAGGAAUCACUACUGAUGUAGGACAGGUUUCUAUGAAGGAGCAGGGAUCGGGCACACACGGUAUUUUAAGCACCAACACCCCAUUCCCCAGACUGUAGGAAAACCCAGCUUUAUUUCUUUUAGCCAUUUGGGUGGAGGUGGGGGCUGGGUUGGCUCUUGUUGCUGGCAUCUCGGUCCUGAUGCUUAAGCUCUCCCCCUCCUUCCCCAGCCCCCCCUCUGCCCCCACGCCCACCCUGGGUACUUAACCGGUAGUAUACGGAGAACUCUUGGCACUUUAAUUUACUCGGAUUGAGGAGAGGGGCGGGCUCAGUUUUAUCUGUGAUGUCAUUAUUUAAACGAAUUCUGGUCAAAUGUGUCUGCGGGGCGGGGCUGGGGGUUUCCUCCUCUCCCCCCCCCUUCCCAUGAGCUGGUAGCGGCAGUGUUUUGGAGUAGCCUUUUGUUAUUUGCUAGACAUGCUGCAGUUUUGGUGCUAUUCCAUUCCCCCCACUUAACAAUAAAGUCCACUUUGUGUUAGCGACAUUGCGUGUGGUUUUCUGUAGUUGUGCUGCGGCGAAAAUGGGGGAACCUCUCUCUGGCUUUUCAAAUGUUGCAGUCCAGGCGGGUUGGGGAUUAAUGGGUAUCAGAGCCCCGUCUUGAGGGCUACAUUCCCCCCCCCCAUUCCUUUGAACAAAAUUACUUUUUCCAAGCAUUCUUACGCAUAAAAACAUAGCAAAAUAAGUGCCAUGGAACAGGUGAAUCCGUUUAUUUUACAACAUUGAUAUACUAUUUGAUUGUAACAAAACCUCAGGGUGGGUUUGCAGAAAGAAUAAAUAAAAUUAUCGGUAAAAGACAAGUAUUUGAAACAUUCAAACACCUAUUAAAGUCAACAACAAGGUAAAACCAGAUUAAAAAACGUGACAAAAUAUUUCUUUUCUUUUUGGUAAAUGUUGGAUCUGUAAAGUAUCCAGGUCAUUCUCUCACACACAAACCCCAACCCCAAAAUAAAAUGUGCACAGGCAUUCUGGCUUUCUAUUGGAAAGUAUGGGUUUUUGCUGUCCAUUGUGGAUAAGUGGAAGAUUUAUCUCCCCCCCCCCUAAACAUGGUGAGAGGGAGGAAACCUUUAAACUGGUUGUGGAGGGGAACACUGGCUCGCGUACCUGAACAUAAUUGGACUCUGCAUGUGUGAGCCGAUACAUGGGGGUUCAAUCCUGCUUCCUGCAGGGUUCAGGCAUGCCAGGUGGGCACCUGAACUGAGCAGAAUUGAACUCCUCUCCCCACUAGCUGAUACAUGGAGUGUUUUCAGACCUGCUUUCUGCAGCUAGCCUUGUGUGCCAGUAGAAGAGGUCUCCUUGUUUUAAAUCUUUGGCGAAAGAGCCUGUGCUUCCAAUGAAAGCAAAAACUGCCAGGAGCACUCCUUGGCCCCCAUGUCACUGGCUGCUUUUUCCUCUUCCGGUUUGGACUUAAGUAGAGAGAGCGGAGCUACAGCCCCUGUUCACUGCUUUUGGAAGACACCCUUCACUCGACACACACCGUAAUGGCAUCCAGAAGGCACAGUUUGCCAAUGGUGGCCGGCAGGGUGGGUAGGGCGGAAGGCAGGGAGCCUGCCACUAGGUGGAGCCAGAGCCAAUGACAAGCAGAACCAACUAAUGCUAGUUUUGUCCCCGUUCUCCCUCCUGAGUUCCAUAAGGGGCGACGCUGAGACUAAGGAGGAAGCUGGCAAACAGGGCCAGCCUGAAGAAGACUGGUUGUAAAAAGUUAGGAAGGUGUUAGGAAGGAGUUCACUCGAAUGACUGCACAACCUCCACUGCAAUCCACACCUGAAUCGUACAGAGGCAAAGCCACUGUAAAGUGAUAUAUGGGCUGCUUAAACUCUGCUUCUGAUUGAAGGCCUCUGUAGGGCUUGAAACUCCACCCCUAAUGUGCAGGAGGCGGGGCUUGGGAAAUCAUGGAUGAAGC